AUGUCGAAGUACGCGCCCCACCGCAAGUCCGCCAGCCAGCCCCGCGCCACCUCGUCCACCAUCUGCCAGAAAUGCCUCGGCACAGGUCACUUCAUCUACGACUGCAAGUCGACACGCCCGUACAUCACACGCCCGUCGCGCACGAAGAUGCUCGAGAACCCGAAGCUGCUCGCGAAGCUGAAGGCGGAGGGCAAGCCGUCCGUGGAGGUCCCGGAGGAGUUCAAGUCCAAACCUGGGACGGCAAAUCGCAUUCUGGAGGGGAAGGAGCAGGAGCGCGAGCGCGCGAAGAGCCAGUCGUCCGCGGACAAGGGCGAGGGCUCAUCUAAGAAGAGACGACGGUGCGUAUUCCUGUGCUACUUCCUUACGCUUCUCGGGUCCUGA